AUGGACAGCCCGGGUUCUAUAUCAUACCCUGGCAAUGUCCAGCUGGGUUUCACCAUGCUUGCUUUAUUCAUGGCCAUGUUCACAGCCAACCUCGACGCGACCAUUCUUGCAACCGCCAUCCCAAAGAUCACGGCUGAGUUCAAGAGCCUUGGUGAUAUUGGAUGGUAUGGCUCGUCUGGAUUCCUUACCUACGCCGCAUUCCAGACAAGUUGGGGAAAAGCAUUCAAAUACUUUCAUAUCAAAUGGACCUAUCUGGCCUCCCUCUUCAUUUUCGAACUCGGAAGCCUCAUCUGCGCUCUGGCUCCUAACUCCGUCACACUUAUUGUUGGCCGAUCUGUUGCGGGCAUUGGCGGUGCCGGUCUCUGCACAGGAACCUUCGUCAUCAUCGGCUACUCUGUCCGCCCCGAGCGUCGUCCAGCCUUCAUGGGCGUUAUGGGAGCCACAUAUUCUCUAGCAUCGUUUAUCGGCCCCAUCGUCGGUGGCGCCUUUGCCCAGAGUGUCACCUGGCGCUGGUGCUUCUGGAUCAACCUGCCCAUUGGCGGCCUGACCGCAGUCCUCAUCGUUUUUUGCUUCCGUGUACCCUCCCAUGCUGUACCCGUGGAUGCGACAAUGAAGGAAAAGCUCUUGCAGCUUGACCCAAGCGGGUGUGCCCUUAUAUUGUGUGCAGUUGUGUGCUACCUCCUAGCCCUUCAAUGGGGAGGGCUAGAAAAGUCGUGGUCUAACAGCACUGUGAUCGGCACACUGGUCGGCUUCGUCCUUCUUUCAGGCCUCUGCGCAGUCAACGAGGUCUACAUGGGCGAGCGAGCAUCUAUAGUUCCUCGGCUGCUCAAGAAGCGCCGGAUCUUCCUGAAUCAGGCAGUCGUCUUCCUCAACUCGGGCGGUCUCUUCGUCCUCAUCUAUUACAUCCCUCUCUACUUUCAGUCUAUCAAAAACGAUGGCCCCCUACAGUCAGGAGUUCACAACCUCCCUUUCUUGGUCGGCGGUGUUUUUUCCAUGAUAUCGGGUGUUGUUCUCAGUGCCACCAACCGAUGGGUCCCUUUCCUAGUCGCCAGUGCAGCUUUGAGUGCUGUCGGAUCCGGUCUUAUCUACACCUUUGCCCCCGAUACGCCCAUGGACAAGUGGGUUGGCUACCAGAUUCUCGCAGGUAGUGCAACCGGCUUUCUCUCCCAGAUUCCCAUCAUGUCAAACACCUCGGCUGUUGAUAUGACGGACAUGAGUACGAUCUCCGCCAUGACACUCUUCUUCCAACUCAUCGGCGGUUCCUUCUCCGUCUCGGCUGCGCAGUCGGUCUUUGGCAACGUGCUUCUAAGACGGAUCAAGGAGACUGCGCCAGGUGUUUCCAGCUCAGUGAUCCUUGGCGUUGGCGCGUCUGAAUUGCGAACCGUGUUCACACCAGACCAACUUCCUGGAGUCCUUGAGGCGUACAUGGAUGGUCUCAAAGGCGCUUUCGCUCUGGCUACUGCGCUGUUAGCUGUUAGCGCUCUCAUUGCCCUGAUGCACAAAUGGGAGAAGCUGCGUCCAGAGGCACUGGCCAUGGAGAGCAUGACUUCUGACGAGGAGAAGCAACCCAGCGAAGGUUUCGACUCCGUACACGCUCCCAAGGCUGCCAAGGAAUCUGCUAUAUAG